CAGUGAUGAAGAAACCACCGAGGCCUGGUCUGCACGCAACAGCACAGCAUGGGUUGGUUGCAAUCACUGCCAAUUAGUAGACAACAUCAGCGACUAGAUUUCCUAAACAAAACAUUUGCAUACAGUCGUGUGUAAUUUUUCAUAUUAUUUUUCUCCCCCGUGAGAAUGCAAGCAAUCAUCGAGUACCUUGGAGCUGAAAAAGAGUAGUAGCUACUCAGUUUGACUGAUUAUACCAAUGGGGUACCAUGUGAUUUACACACGGAGUCGCAACUGGACGAGCAAUUACAACAUCAGGUGGAAAGAAUGAACGGACGUCUUCCGUGGAAGAAGAAGAGAAAAUAAAAGCUAUUGACUGAGAAGCGAAGUCUGUGCUCUCAACUGUUACCAGGCAACAUCCGCUCACACACACACACACACACCCAUACGUAGAGGCUGCAUUAAUCGUUUUCCCGCUCAAAACUGGUGUUUUCUUCGUUUUAACUGGAGGUUUACCCGUUUGCACCGAUCGCUUUAACUCCGAAGGAAAGGCACGUUUCGCAAGCUUCAUUGCGCCCUGCAUUUAUCCUCAAAUGUUUCCUUAAUGUUGGAAACCACUUAAAGACAGCUGAAAAUAUCGAAUCAUCUCUAGGCUGAGCGUGCAUCAAAAUGGCGGUAAGUCCUCUCACAUUGGAUGAGGAUGUUGCAGCAUCAAGACCCACCAUAGCGACUACAGAGUACACCGAGUUGGACACUUUUAUUGGUACUGAAGAGACCUAUACGGAGAUUGCCACAGCGUGGGAAGAAGAAGACGCGCCCACCACAACACCUAAGGAUUACGGUUUCAUCUUUAACUUCUUCAAUAUGGACUUUGAGGAAAUGUUUUGUGAGAUGUCACAUCGAGAUCGCGAAACGAGACUACGAGAAACAGGAGUUCCUGUGUGUAAUACAUCAUAUGAUGGGAUACUGUGCUGGCCUGCUCAGGCUGCGGGUCACAAUGAAAGCAUUCCAUGCCCAGCGUUCAAUUCAACAUACGUCAGGGCGUACAGAGCUUGCGAAGAGACUGGUAACUGGGCGAGUUGGACAAACUACAAAGACUGCUUGAAGACAUACACGCCUCCAGUAUUUGAGAAUCCCCCAUUGAGCCAUCAGACCAUGCAGUACGUCUGGAUGUUUGGAUGUGUCCUCUCACUCAUCUUUCUAACGAUCACUCUCUUCAUAUUCUGCUAUUUCAAGUCCCUUCAAUGCACACGAAUCUCAAUCCAUAAAAACUUAGCGGUUUCAUUCAUCUUGAAGUACAUCUGUAUGAUCGUUAUCUUACAACCCUUCAUCGGGAACAACUCUUACUCCGAGUUCAUAGACACUGAUGCUCAAUUCGAAGGCACUAUUAUACCCUUCAUGGAGCUUAAAGAAGAGCAAACUAGCAACCAUGCGGUUGCCUUUUGCCGUCUCCUGAAGGUACUCUUGGAAUACUUCACUAUGGCAAACAUCUUCUGGAUGUUCGUGGAAGGAUUAUUCCUGACUAGUCGAAUAGCCGUGGCUGUGUUUAGCAACGAAUCUAACUUCAAGCUAUAUCUCUUCAUUGGUUGGGGUUCCCCGUUGUUCUUCACCAAUGUGUGGGCAUUACUGAUGGUACUCUUCAACGAUAACGAACUGGAUCCAUGCUGGGUGAGGUAUCACCAGCUUCCGUACAUCUGGCUCAUCAGAGUGCCAAUGAUCGCUGCCAUUUUGGUGAAUUCGUUUUUCCUGAUCAAUAUAGUGAGAAUUCUAGUCACCAAGCUCCGAGCUAGCAACACGGUAGAGACAGCUCAAAUGAGGAAAUCCGUGAAAGCCGUGGCUGUACUUUUCCCGCUACUCGGGAUGACGUAUCUGAUUUAUAUCUGGGAUAUACCGAGUGAGGGCGGUGUAUCACAACAGAUGUACCACGCAACAAACGCUGUGCUCCAAUCGGGACAGGGGGUUUUCGUGGCGGUUAUUUACUGUUUCAUGAACGCAGAGGUUCGGAUGGCCAUCAGGCGUCGAAUCGACAAGAGUCGAUACAAGUUUGGAACUUCAUCUCGCCGGCGGACGCAUACUAAUGGCUCAUGCGUGAUGGCAACCUCAUCAGAAGUAGUUCUGGCUGUAACAUUCCGCAAGAACGUUGGUGGUUCAACAUCAAUAGAUCAACUGUCACAGGAGAUGAAACCUUUCACGGAGAAUGUUGAACGCUGAGGGCGUGCUUCAUGGUCACCACCUCCACUAGACUGGUACCCUGUCUUUACCCGCAAGGAUACAGACAGGUACUUGCUUUUUCAGAACCAGAGAUUUCAUUGGAUA